AUGAGUCUCAAGCGCAAAGCUGCUGAAGCCGCGACCGACGCGACGAAGAAGCCAAAGCCAAAUGGCAGCAUCACGGCGUUUUUCGGCGCACCGAAACCCUCUCCGAACGCAAACACUUCUUCGGCUGCUGCCGCGAAGUUCGACCGAGACGCGUGGGUCUCGAAGCUCACAGACGAGCAGAAAGAACUACUGCAAUUAGAGCUCGACACAUUACAUGAGAGUUGGCUGUCUCAUCUGAAGGAUGUGCUUGUCAACCCACAAUUCUUGGAACUGAAGAGGUUCUUGAAGAAAGAACUGAGUAGUGGAAAGACCGUGUUCCCGCCGAUGAGGGACGUGUACUCCUGGUCACGACACACACCACUCAACACUGUCAAAGUCGUCAUCACAGGCCAAGAUCCCUAUCACGGGCCCAACCAAGCCCACGGCCUCUCCUUCUCUGUCCGCCCUCCUACACCUGCACCGCCUUCGCUGCAGAACAUCUACAAAGCCCUCAAGAAAGACUACCCUGACUACCAGCCGCCCCCGAAGAAGGGUGGUCUGUUAACACCCUGGGCAGAUCGAGGAGUUCUACUUCUCAAUACAUGCUUGACGGUGCGCAGGGGAGAGGCCAACUCGCAUCAGGGCAAGGGAUGGGAGCUGCUGACACAAAAAGUCAUUGAUACCGUUGUGAAGGUGCGCAAUAAUGGCGUCGUCUUCAUGGCGUGGGGUUCUCCUGCGCAGAAAAGGACUGUUGGCAUUCCAGUGGACAAACAUCUCAUCUUGAAGAGCGUGCACCCUAGUCCGCUGAGUGCAAUGAGAGGUUUCUUUGACUGCCAUCACUUUACCAAGGCGAACGAAUGGCUUGUGCAACGAUACGGUAAGGACGGCGGUAUCGACUGGGACCUGAACGUAGACCCCGAAGACGUCGUCGAGCCUAGCAAGACCGGCCAGCCCACGGACCCAAAGGACAAACUCCAAUCGAAGGGUAGCCCAAGCGCGAAGGAAAACGAAGCUCCGUCACAGGCUACAAAUGCACUACAGAGUAAGACCAUGGAGGACAGCGGCGGCGAUAAAACCGCUGACCCAGAGGCUGAAAUCGACUCCGACGAAGAGGCGGCUCUGAGGGAAGCUGGACUGUAA